CGGCUGCGGAGGAGUCCGAGACGCAGCUGCCGCGCCGGGGCCUGAGCGGCCGCCUCCUCCGCCGCCCGAAAACCCGGAGCGCCCCGCACAGGUUUAGACCCAGUGUGCCUGGUGGGCUGUGCCCAGGUUCAGAGUCAUGCCACUCUGUGGGUGAAGCUUGAGGCAAUAAUGGAGCCACUUCAGCAGCAGCAGCAGCAGCAGCAACAGCAGCAACAGAAGCAGCCACACCUGGCUUCUCUGCAGAUGGAUGCCAGAGAGAAGCAGGGCCAGCAGAUGAGAGAAGCCCAGUUCUUGUAUGCCCAAAAGCUGGUCACACAGCCGACUCUCCUUUCCGCCACACCUGGAAGGCCUUCUGGCAGCACUCCCUUAGGUCCCUUAGCCAGAGUUCCACCCACCACAGCAGUGGCCCAAGUCUUUGAACGGGGCAACGUGAACUCAGAGCCUGAGGAAGAGGACGGAGGUUUGGAAGAUGAGGAUGGGGAUGAUGAAGUUGCAGAGGUGGCUGAGAAAGAAACCCAGGCUGCUUCAAAAUAUUUUCAUGUGCAGAAAGUAGCUCGCCAAGAUCCCAGAGUGGCACCCAUGUCCAAUCUACUUCCAGCACUCGGGCUCCCACCGCAUGGACAACAAGCUAAAGAAGACCAUACCAAAGAUGCUUCCAAGGCCUCACCUUCUGUCUCCACAGCAGGACAGUCGAACUGGAAUCUGGAUGAGCAGCUCAAGCAGAAUGGUGGUUUGGCCUGGAGUGAUGAUGCAGAUGGAGGCCGGGGAAGAGAGAUCUCUCGAGAUUUUGCCAAGCUGUAUGAACUGGACGGUGAUCCUGAAAGGAAAGAGUUCCUGGAUGACCUCUUCGUCUUUAUGCAGAAGAGGGGGACCCCCAUCAACCGAAUCCCCAUCAUGGCCAAGCAGAUCCUGGACCUGUACAUGCUGUAUAAGCUGGUGACCGAGAAGGGGGGCCUGGUGGAGAUCAUCAACAAGAAGAUCUGGAGGGAGAUCACCAAAGGCCUGAACCUGCCCACAUCCAUCACCAGCGCCGCCUUCACGCUCAGGACCCAGUACAUGAAGUAUCUGUAUGCCUAUGAGUGUGAGAAGAAAGCCUUGAGUUCCCCAGCCGAGCUCCAGGCAGCCAUUGAUGGCAACCGCAGGGAGGGCCGGCGGCCCAGCUACAGCUCCUCCCUCUUUGGCUACUCACCUGCUGCGGCUACUGCUGCUGCCGCUGCCGGGGCCCCUGCCCUCCUCUCCCCACCCAAGAUCCGCUUUCCCAUCCUUGGGCUUGGCUCCAGCAGUGGCACCAAUACCAGUAGCCCUCGGAUAUCUCCAGCAACCACUCUCAGGAAAGGUGAUGGAACCCCAGUGACAACAGUGCCUGUGCCAAAUCGUCUGGCUGUGCCCGUGACCUUGGCAAGCCAGCAGGCUGGUACUCGGACUGCCGCACUGGAGCAGCUGCGGGAGCGGCUGGAGUCAGGGGAGCCUGCUGAGAAGAAGGCAUCGAGGCUGUCCGAGGAGGAGCAGCGCCUGGUGCAGCAGGCCUUCCAGCGCAACUUUUUCAGCAUGGCACGGCAGCUCCCCAUGAAGAUCAGGAUCAACGGCAGGGAAGACAGAGCAGAGGCCUCAGCUGCAGCACUGAACCUGACCACGAGUAGCAUUGGGAGCAUUAACAUGUCUGUGGACAUCGAUGGCACCACCUACGCAGCCCAUCAGCACUUCAAGGCAGGACAGCAUUUGGAUCUUCUCCCAUCACCCCCUAGCGCAGUGUCUACAGUGGAGUCAGGCACAGGCUAGGCCAGCGGUGAAUACUUACUGAAAGGAGCUGGCCCUCCCCUUCGCUCUUCCUCUGCCCACACCUGCUUCUCUUCCACCCACCAAGGUGUGCUGUUUGCCCAGAAGCCUGUGGUCCACCUCAUCACGGGGUCUGCUCCCCAGAGCCUCGGCAGCAGCGCCAGCAGCAGCAGCAGCUCUCACUGCUCACCAAGUCCUACCUCAUCCCGGGGCACCCCCAGUGCAGAGCCCUCCACCAGCUGGUCCCUCUGAUGAGCAGGACCCAGCUUCCCACUUGCCACUCUCCUGUCGAGAGUGAAGGAAGUUGAUGCACAGAAUUUACCUCAUCUCACGGAGCCCACGUCAACGAGCACCAUUUGGCCAGACAUUGAGAGUUUGGACGUGUCCGUCUGUCCAGGCUCCAUUCAGGUCCUGCUGUACUCUGGGGGCAGGGAGAAGCUAGAGGGGCAGGACAGACAGCGUUGUCCAAUCAGGGAUUGUCCUGGAGAACUGGGUGGGGGUCUGUGGGUGUCCAGCUUCCUCCAGGGUCCCCAGCCACCUCCCAGCUUGGGGCACAGUGUAUCGACAAUCUGUCAGCCGACACAGGGCUGGAGGCCCUCCAUUUCCCUUCCCCUUUAAUUUAUUUCCCUGCCCCUGCCUUCUGCCAUGACCCCAGGGCCACUAGUCUCUUCCCCUGUUUUUAAGUCCCAUGUGGGGCUGCUAGGAGCCAAGAGCAUGCCUUCAUGCCCUUCUCUGCUGAGCAUGGGAUGGGGCCCUUCCAGCCCACCUUGCCUACUGUUAGGUUCCUGGGGUAUGGGUCCCUCAAACACAAGUCUUGAAUCAGUCCUCAGGGCCCCAGAUCCCCCUUCUGAUGGUCUGAAGGAAGAGGCUGUGAGGGCAGUUCAGGGCCAGGGCCCACAGGGCAUCUGCUGACGGGAAGGCAGAGCCUCGGGGCUGCCCAGCCCUGGCACCUGCUUCACACGGACCCUUCUCUGACCCCCCAAACCUCAUACUCCCCACUUGCCCUUAUUGGCCUGCUUUCCCAAAAACAGCCCACUCAUCCUUUCCCCAGCCCUCUUCAGCCCUCCCCAGUCCUCCCCAGUCCUCCCCAGCCCUCUUCUGUUUCUUAUGGGGCCAUCUCAGCCUCACCAUCCCCCCACGUGCCGAUGUCAGGUUCAUUGAAAUACCUCAGAUUUGUAAUUGUUGAUGUUUGAGUCUUCAGGAAGUAUUUGCAUCUCUGAAAUCUUUUUUAUAUGUGUUUUGCUGACUUUUUUUUUAUUUUAAAAUUUUUAUUGUUGUAGCACCAAAGAAAUGAAAACAGAUCACCCCCAAAGCCAAGCAAGUGAUUGGGUACCCCGGCCCAUCUGGCCCUUCCCUCAAGCCCAGUGAGGAGGCGGGUGGAGGCAUGCAGGGGAGACGACUCAGGGAUCGCGGGGGCGGGGAGGUGGAGUGGAGAGGCCCGCUCUCACACCAGGUCGGGCCCUGAAACCGCACCAGUUCUGAAGACCAUUUUCUGCCACACCCCAUCCCCCAGCUGACCAGGGAGGCAGCAGGACACCUCCCCAUCACUCAGCAUUCCCAGCUCAGGGCACAGGCAGGCUGGGGUCCUCGCUGGCCUUGCCAGAGGUUGAGCCACCCCAGGGUAUGAGGAGAUGAAUAACUCCACAGCUCCUCCUGGACCCUGCGCAGGAGCAGGCAGCUCCUGUGCUGUAAAGAAAAGUUGAUUCUUGCCUGCGGCUCACCUCAGUCGAGGAAGCCCUGGAAUGUUCAGCAGACCACCACCACUGUGACAUGGGGCUGUGGCAGUGGGAGACACUGUGCAUGGCUUGGGUGUGUGUGGCAGCGUGGCUCGCAUUCAGUCCUGUGUAGGAGAGGAAAGGGAAUCAAAAGCUUGAGCACAAACAGAUACCUCAGCCCGGUAAGCUGCAGCUCUGCUCAACUGCGUCUUCUCUCAGCCGUCCACACACGCUCACCCCCACUCCCACACAUACAUAUACCCCAUCUCCUGGGGGCUGACCUCGUCUGGCCUCAGCCUGCAGGGUGUGAGCAGAGAAGGGCAUCUGGGACCUGGUGCCAGUGAGGAGCCCAGUUGGCUGGCACUGGGCCCAUUUGAAGGUGUCUCAGACAUUUGGCCAGUAUGUCUUUCUCAGGGGUUUGGUCACAAAGGAUGGACUCUUCCCACCCAGAGGAUGCAGGGAAAGCACACUGUGUCUUUCUGGUCACUGGAUCCUCUCCCUUUCCCCAGGCAGCUCGCCUGGCCACACCGUUGGAGUGAACCCUCACUGCCCUCAAGGACAACAGCAGGGUGUCACCCAGAGCCCGAUGGGGGGUGCCAGCAGGUGCCCCCAGGAGUGGGGCCUUAGCCCAAGCAGAGAUUCCCCUGAAGGUGCCAUCAGCCAGGGCAGCUCUGUCCCCUCCUGCUCCCCAUCUUAUGUGUAUUCUAACCAGGAAAAAUGUGAUAGCACAUGGGUAGCCUAGGCAGUGAAUAAAUACCUCAGAUGUCCUCCUGCAGCAAGUGUCUGUAUAUGUUGUGAUUAUUUUCUAUCUUACAUGUUCUCGAAUGUUUAUAUUUCAAUAAACCUCUACCUCUUCACACAA